AUGAAGUCGUUCACUGCUCUUGCUAUUACUGCCCUUUUGGCUACAUCUGCUGUUUCUGCCCAUCCACAAGGAGGCCGUCAAGAAGGUCGUCAAGGAGGUCGUCAAGGAGGUCGUCAAGGUGGAACUCAAGGUGGACCUCAAGGUGGAUUUCAAGGUGGACCUCAAGGUGGAUUUCAAGGUGGUCUUCAAGGUGGUCUUCAAGGUGGUCUUCAAGGUGUUGCCCUGACCAACCUGCCUGAUCUCUCUGGUCCUAAUAUUCAAAUUGAAACCAGGCCUCCUGUCGUUGUUAUGACAACAGUUACUCUUGCCAGACCCUUGAAUGCCGUACCUACCGCCAACCCUCUCUUGCAGACUAACGCAAACGUGAACGCAAACGUAAACGCAAACGUAAACGUAAACGCAAACGCAAACGCAAACGCAAAUGCAAAUGCAAAUGCAAAUGCGAAUGCGAAUGCAAACGCAAACGCAAACGUGAACGCAAACGCGAAUGAGAAUAGAGACGAGAAUGAGGAUAGGGACGAGCGUGAGGAUAAGGACAGACGUGAAGAUAAGGAUGAAGAUGAGGAUGAAGAUGAAUAUGAGGAAGACGAUGAAUAUGAGGAAGACGAUGAAUAUGAGGAAGAUGAUGAAUAUGAGGAAGAAGAAGAUGAAGAGAAGGAGGACAGAAAGAAGAAGUGGGGUGGCAAGCACGGCGGCAAGCACGGCGGCAAGCACGGCGGCAAGCACGGUGACAAGCACGGUAGAAAUGGUGGCGAUGAUGAGGAUGGCGAGGGUGAUGAGGAUGAUGAGAAUGAUGAGGGUGAUGAAGACAAAGAUGAACUCCAUGCCAACUCUUUAGCUUCCGUUGACGCUGUUGAUGUUGAUGCUGCUGCAGCCUCUGGUCUCGUUGAUUUUGCCGCUGCUCAAGCAUCCAGCGGUAUGGUGAGCUCUGCUGUUGCUGCUAGAACUUCGUCUGUUGCCUCCAGGUUCAGCAGCGCCGUCGCAUCUGCUUCUUCUUCUGCCACUGCUGCUGCCUCUCCAAAUGCUGGUGAGAGCGUCCGUGUUGGUGGUACUUUUGUUGCUGCUGCUGCUGGUAUUGCUGCCUAUUUGCUCCUUUAA